GGAGAUAUACCUCUCAGUGGAUUAGUCGCCGUGUCACUUCCUCCGCGGCGCUCGCACCUCCACCUCCUCCUCUUCAUUUCCAUCAUCUUUACUUUGGUCUUUUUUUGCAACCGUACCUCUAUUUCGGAAAAAAAUACAAGAUGGACGCUUCGGUGACUACAUUCAACCCUUCACUAAGAAAAGACAAGGAAACGGGUAAAGGUGGCGUUUCUACAGAGGCUGGGCGCGACGGAGGCAAGCGAAUCUUGGCGAUGAGGAGGCUUUGGGCUGCCACCACUUAUGAGCCGCUGUUCCUGCUGCAUUCCAUUGCUUACUUCGCCACUCUUACAAUGACCGAGUCCCUGAUAUCGGAGAAGAGCUGCCUGGUGACCCUCGGCAAACCGGAAGAAAUCUGCAAAGACCUUUACAAACACCCACACGAUGCAAUUGAGGUACAGCAGGUUGCGUCAAAAUACCUAGGAAUUGCUGCAUUCUCGGAAAGCUUUGUCUCCAUAUUUCUAUUACUUUACAUCGGCCCCUUCUCUGACAGGUACGGUCGCAAGCCCUUCCUGUACCUGAGUCUGGUGAUGAAAACACUGAACGUUAUUAUAUUUUUUUUCGCCUCUGCGUUCAUGUACUCUCCUAUCGAGCUCACUGUGGUGGCGCCGUUCCUCUACUCCCUCGGGGGAGGCAUUGGCACUUUCCUCAUGCUCGUCUUCGCCUGCAUCUCCGACGUCACCACGGAGGCCAACCGGACCUUCAGGCUGGGCGUCCUCAAGAUCUUCAUGGCCUUCGGGACGCCCACGGGCAGGGUGGUCGGCGGCCAGGCGUUCGCUAUGGGCGGUUAUCUAGCGGCGUACGGGCUGGGUCUCGCGCUCCUGGCCGCCUGCCUCCUCAUGCUCGCCUUCACUGAGGAAUCCGUGAAGUUCAGUGAAAAUGAGGUGAGGCCCAAGUUCAAGAUCUCGUGGCUGGUCGAAGAGCCUGCAAAGCUCCUCACCGCCGUCCACCGCAAGGAAGGACCGCGAAGGGGCAUCGUCUACGGCGUUCUCGUCUCCCAUAUCUUCAUGUUCUUCGCCCUGAAUCCUCUGUACUUCCUAUUCUUCAAGUUAAUGUUUGACUGGGACGCAACAGACUAUUCUAAUUGGUUUUUCUACAAAGACAUGGUUAAAGCCACUGCGCUGGUGGUGCUGAUGCCUGUGUUGGUGGGCCGCCUGCAGCUCCCCGACACCGCCCUCGGGUUGCUGGGCUGCAGCUCCGUCGCCUUCAUGCAGAUCGCCCUCGGCCAGAUCGUCAGCUCCUCCAUGACGUGGGUCGCUCUGCUCGCUCCACUGCUUGGGAUGCUGGACAUGUUCGCGCAAUUGGCUUCACGUUCCAUUAUAUCCAAGUGUUCAGAUGGAAGCAGAGAACUCGGAAAGCUCUUCGCGGCACAAGCAGUCCUAGACUCCAUCGCUGUAGGUCUUUCGGGGCCUAUGUACGCAGCCGUGUACAGCUCCACCGUCGACAGCCUCCCCAUGGCGCAGUUCCUCCUGGCAGCUCUGUUCAUGUUCUUCUCCGUCGUCGGAAUCUGGGUGUGCGAUAUCUUCGUUUUGAAGAAGGAAUCCGGAGCCAAAUGAUAAUUAGGAAGAAGCUUAGGAAAGAAUGUUCAAUGUUUUGAUUAUUAUUUUUGAUUAUUACUUCAGUUAUCGCUGUAUUUUAUUAUAUUUUGUCAUUAAUGUAGAGAGUAUUUCCAUCUGUCUCCUUUUUAGAUUAGUUACAUAUA